AUGGGUGUGAACAUUUUAAGGGUCUCUGAUCAAUUUAUUCAUGGUGAACUAAUACAUAUAACCUCUGGUAAGAAAUUUUGGCUCACUGCAGUCUAUGGUGUAAAUGAUGCUGCUGGGAGACAACAGUUGUGGAAAGACUUGGUGGACAUUAAAAAAGGGAUUCAAGGUGCUUGGCUGAUAAGGGGUCAUUUUAAUAAUGUGUUAAACCUUGAUGAAAGGAUAGGGUCUGCUAUGUCAAUGGAGGAAGUGGGACCGUUUAGACAAUGUCUUAGGGACUGUGAGCUUCAUGAUGCAGUGUGCUCUGGCCCCUUUUUCACUUGGUCUAACAAACAAGAGGGUGUGGAUAGAGUGUUUUCGAAAAUUGAUAGAAUUUGUGUGAAUGAGAUGUGGGAAGAUAUGUUUCCAGGAGCCACUUGCACCUUCUACCCUGAGAGUAUCUCUGAUCACUGCCCUUGUGUGGUUAAGUUGGAUAAUAGAGUAUUGACUAAACCUAGGCCAUUUAGGUUUUUCAAUAUGUGGUGUCAGGAUGGAAGCUUUGGAGAUAUUGUUGAGUGUGGGUGGCAAAAGAGAGUUUAUGGUGUGCCUAUGUACAUGCUAGUUGUGAAGCUUAAAGCUCUGAAACAGUCCUUUAAAGAGUUGAAUACAGCUAGGUUUUCAGAUGUGGAGAAUGAAGCUGAGAGGGCAGCUGGUGAUCUGAAGAGAAUCCAAACAAAAAUACAUGCUAGGCCUCAGGAUAUUGAUCUGCAUACUCAAGAAGAGGUGUUCUGA